AUGGUGUCAACGAGCUUGCCGGCGGAUUCACCUAAAAACGAAGUAGGAUUAGGGGUGCGGGAAAUCGUCAACCCUAACCAAACGGAUCGUCACGAACAUACGAAAAAGGAGGGGCAAGUUUGGUACUUACCGGAGUGGUCGGAGUUUAAGUAUGAAUUGACAUGGACAUGUGAUGCUAAGCGUCUUAUAGGAAGACGGUUCUCUGAUGCCUCUGUUCAGAGUGAUAUUAAGAUGUGGCCAUACAAGGUUAUUUCUGGCCCAGUGGAUAAGCCUAUGAUUGUAGUGCAGUACAAGGGUGAGGAGAAGCAGUUCUCAGCUGAGGAAAUUUCUUCCAUGGUUCUUGUCAAAAUAAUGCUGUGGACACUGUUCCUGUACUUCAAUGAUUCCCAGAGGCAGGCAACUAAGGAUGCUGGUGUUAUUGCCGGUCUCAAUGUUAUGCAUAUCAUCAAUGAGCCAACUGCUGCUGCAAUUGCCUAUGGUCUUGACAAGAAAGCUACUAGCGUUUGUGAGAAGAAUGUCCUUAUUUUCGACCUUGGAGGUGGCACUUUUGAUGUCUCACCCCUCACUAUUGGGGAGGGUAUAUUUGAGGUGAAGGCUACAGCUGGUGACACUCACCUUGGUGGUGAGGAUUUUGACAACCGCUUUGUCCAGGAGUUUAAGCGGAAACACAAGAAGGAUAUCACUGGGAACCCCAGGGCUUUGAGAAGGCUUAGGACUUCAUGUGAGAGGGCUAAGAGGACACUUUCUUCCACAGCGCAGACUACAAUUGAAAUUGAUUCUCUCAAUGAGGGCAUUGAUUUCUAUUCCACCAUCACCAGAGCCAGGUUUGAGGAACUUAACAUGGACCUCUUCAGGAAGUGCAUGGAGCCUGUGGAGAAGUGCCUGAGGGAUGCCAAGAUGGACAAGAGCACCAUCCAUGAUGUUGUACUUGUUGGUGGUUCGACUAGGAUCCCCAAAGUUCAGCAGCUGCUGCAGGAUUUCUUCAAUGGAAAAGAACUCUGCAAGAGCAUCAAUCCGGAUGAGGCUGUUGCAUAUGGUGCUGCUGUCCAGGCUGCUAUACUUAGCGGCGAGGGCAAUGAGAAGGUGCAGGACCUUCUCCUUCUUAAUAUGACCCCACUGUCUCUUGGUCUUGAGACUGCCGGAGGAGUCAUGACUGUGCUUAUUCCAAGGAACACCACCAUUCCAACCAAGAAGGAGCAGGUCUUCUCCACCUACUCGGACAACCAGCCUGGUGUGCUGAUCCAGGUUUAUGAGGGCGAGAGGACCCGGACCAAGGACAACAAUCUCCUUGGCAAAUUUGAGCUCUCUGGAAUCCCCCCCCUGCACCUAGGGGCGUCCCUCAGAUCACUGUAUGCUUUGACAUUGAUGCCAACGGACGAGAAGAUUGCCUCGAAGCUGCUCGCCGACGACAAGAAGAUUGAGGACGCUGUUGAGCAGGCCAUCCACUGGUUCGACAGCAACCAGCUCGCCGAGGUGGAAGAGUUUGAGGACAAGAUGAAGGAGCUGGAAGGCCUCUGCAACCCCAUCAUUGCCAAGAUGUACCAGGGCGCCGGUGCUGACAUGGCUGGCGGAAUGGGGGAUGAGGCCCCCGCUGCUGCUGGCGGUGCUGGCCCCAAGAUUGAGGAGGUCGAUUAA